AAUGGUGGAUUGCGUUACUUUUUCUCGUGCUCCGUGUAAAAUAUUUACGUAAAAUAGUGUUAAUUUCGUGGCGCAGUGUUUCUGACUAACAGAAACAUGUCGGAAACACUGCCGAACAACAAAAAACAAGUUCCGAGGCAGCUGCGUGAACGUAAACAACGCAAGCUCUACUCUGAUGAGUGGGCCCUCGGGGACGAUGAGGCUGAAGGUGGCCGAGGAUUCUCCCUUGCUGACAAGUUGGAGAGCCCCCGCUUUGAACACUCUGGCUCGGUCCAUGAGAUGCAUGGCUCAGAGCUCACCGUAUCAUACUUGCAGAAGCAUGGGUUCACCACACCCUUGCUUUUCAAAGACAAGCUGGGAUUGGGGUUGAGGGUGCCGACGAGCAACUUCACGGUGAACGAUGUGCGCAUGUGCGUCGGUUCCCGCCGGCUGCUCGACGUCAUGGACGUCAACACGCAGAAGAACAUAGAGAUGACUAUGAAGGACUGGCAACGUUAUUACGACGACCCGAACAAGGAGCGCCUAUUGAACGUGAUCUCUCUUGAAUUCUCCCACACACGCCUGGAGAACUACGUGCAGGCGCCACGCAUCGUGCGCCAGAUCGACUGGGUCGACACAGUCUGGCCGCGUCACCUCAAAGACCAACAGACCGAGUCUACAAAUGCUCUGGACGACAUGAUGUACCCCAAGGUGCAGAAAUACUGUCUGAUGUCUGUCAAGGGGUGUUACACUGACUUUCACAUCGAUUUUGGAGGCACUUCCGUUUGGUAUCACAUCUUAAGAGGCGCUAAGGUGUUCUGGUUGAUCCCGCCGACUGAGAAAAACUUGCAGCUGUAUGAGAAAUGGGUGCUGUCGGGCAAACAGUCGGACGUGUUCUUCGGGGACACAGUUGAGAAGUGCAUUCGCGUACAUCUGCAAGCUGGGCAUACAUUCUUUAUUCCGACGGGUUGGAUCCACGCGGUGUACACGCCGAGCGACUCGCUGGUCUUCGGCGGCAACUUCCUGCACCAGUUCGGCAUCGAGAAGCAACUCAAGAUCGCGCAAGUUGAAGACGUUACCAAGGUGCCACAGAAGUUCCGCUACCCGUUCUUCACGGAGAUGCUGUGGUACGUGCUGGAUCGCUACGUGUCCUCCCUGCUGGGCCGCUCGCACCUUGCGCCUGAGGGACAGUCCACGCCGCCCACACCGCCUAAAGAACACAUACAUCUCACACAGAACGAACUACACGGACUCAAGGCGAUUGUGAUGUAUCUGCAUCAGCUGCCGGCGGCGCGCAAGUCGGUCCCCGAACUGCUGUCCGACCCCAUCGCGUUGGUGCGUGAUGUUCGCACGCUGGUGGAGACACAUCGCCACGACAAGCAACACCAGGCCAUUACUGGCGUGCCUGUGCUCAAAGGCCCGGACGACGUGUCGUCGGCGGAGCGGCGCCAGAACAGCGCGCGCGGCGGGCGCGGCGGCGCGGCGCGCGGCGGCCCGGCGCGCCCGCGCCCCGACCACGCCGCCAACACGCCGCGCCGGCGCCGCACUAGGUGCAAGAAAUGUGAAGCCUGCCAACGCACAGACUGCGGCGAGUGCGUGUUCUGCCACGAUAUGGUCAAGUUUGGCGGACUCGGACGUGCCAAGCAGACCUGUGUUAUGCGACAGUGCUUACAGCCUAUGCUCCCAGUGACCGCGUCCUGCGCGGUGUGCCACCUCGACGGCUGGAUGCAAACACCGGUCGCGCCGCAAGCUAAGGGCAACUCGGGUCGCAACGGCCCGUCCUCUCUACGCGAGUGUUCAGUGUGCUACAGCAUCGUGCACCCGGCCUGCGUGCCGCCCGGCGGGCAGAUCAACGAGGACCUGCCCAACUCGUGGGAGUGCCCCACCUGCACCAAUAUGGGGCUCAAUCAUGACUACAAGCCGCGCCAUUUCCGCGCUCGCCAGAAGUCGUCGGAUCUGCGCCGCAUGAGUGUCAGCUCCGAUGCCAGCCAGCUCAGUCAACAUCACAACAUGCAGAAUAAACUGCCUCCACCGCCACCGCCAGCUCCGGUGAAGUCGGAACCCGGUUCAGACAAUGAGGGCAAAAGUGAUCUACAUAUCAAGUCUGAGGAAGAAAUAAAGCGCGAGGAGGAGGGCGGCGCUGGCCGCGGCGAGGGCGAGUGGGAGCCGGCGGUGAAGAAGCGGCGCGCCAGCGACGAGGACGAGGCGCCCAAGAAGCAGGCCCUGCGCGCGCACCUGGCGCUGCAGCUCACGCACCACUCCGCCAAGGGGCUAAAGAAGCCGCUGUACCCGAUCCGGCCGGCGCUGCCCGCCAGCUCCCUGACCAACACGGCGGGCUCCCCGUGGCUGGACCGCGAUGCCAUGCUGUGCGUGUUCGCCAAGCUCACGCCGCACGAGCUCGCCGGCUGCGCGCUCGUCUGCAAAGCCUGGGCAGAGUACUCCAUGGACCCGUCGCUGUGGCGCAGCAUGUCGUUCGUGCAGGUGCGGGUGUCGGCGGCGCAGCUGGCGGGCAUCGCGCGCCGCCAGCCGCUGUCGCUGGGGCUCGAGUGGUGCCACCUGGCGCGGCGCCAGCUCGCCUGGCUCCUAGCGCGUCUCCCAGCGCUGCGCUCCCUGUCCCUGGCCGGCUCGCCCGCCGAGGCGGCGCUGGCGCUCCGCUCGUCCACGUGUCCUCCGCUCACGUCCCUGGAUCUCUCCUUCGCGCGGUGCCUGGAUGAUGCUAAGCUACGCGGCAUCCUCGCGCCUCCGGAGAACUCGCGGCCCGGAGGUGGGGCCCGGACUGGAGCGGAGCCGUCGCGUCUGGCGGCAUUGAGUGUGCUGCGGCUGCCCGGCACUGACAUCACUGACGUCGCCAUGAGAUAUGUUGUUCAGGCGCUGCCGAAGCUGGUGGAGCUGGACGCGUCGUCGUGCGCGCGGCUGACGGACGCGGGCGCGGCGCAGCUGGCGCACCACGGGCUGCAGCGGCUGUCGCUGGCCGGCUGCCGGCUGCUCACCGAGGCCGCGCUCGACCACCUCGCGCGCUGCCCCAACCUCAUCCGACUUGAUCUCCGACACGUGCCGCUGGUAUCAACGCAGGCGGUCAUCAAGUUCGCUGCCAAAUCCAAGCAUAAUCUGCACGUGAAGGAUGUCAAGUUGGUGGAGUUGCGGAAGACCUGAUCCCCCGAGCCGCAGCCCGCGGGCCCACCUGCGCCCGCGCCGGCUGCCGACCCCACUACGGAUCAAUAACUCGGUGAUAGUGACACUGUGAAAGUGCUUGUGACUUUUAGUGACCUUGAAAGUGAAGUGUGUUGGUGGCAUAGUCUUUUUAUAAAAGCCUAAACGCAAAGCAAUAACAUAAACAUCCAUCCCAACUGUAUGUAACCUCUAGUCUAGUUGUAGAUCAUAAGAAUAAUAGUGGAGAAAAUAUUGAGAUUUAUAUGAUUGGUCUAGAUUUUUUACUGUUAGAAAUUAACGUCCAUACAUACAGAGGUUUUAUGGGAUGAUAAUAAAUAUUAAUAGUGUUAAAUGUGAUUGUUAUUAACAAAUGACGUCAAUGUUAUCUUCUAAUAGCAGCUUUUCCCCUUUUCCCCCUUGCUGGUGCACUCUUACAACAUAUCACAAUUCAUCUAUACUUCUAUGCUAUCAACACACGUAUAAAUACUUGAACUGUGAGGUACUGAGGUGAUACGAUUAAAUUCUAAAUUUAAUGAUAGGGCGCAAGAAGUUUAAGACAAACUUCGAGAGUGUAAAGCGUUAAGACUUCUAUACGAUAAGGCGGUCGCUACGAGAUAUUCUUUAUAAUCUAAAUUAUCUUUUUACCUAUUGAAAUACUUCACGAUUCACCAGAAAACAUUUUUAUCAUUGUUAGAAGGCAGACUCAGAGUUUUAAAUUACCUAGAUACGAGAUAUCUUGCCGGGUAUUUAAAUUUCUUGCAUGUGUUUAUUUACAUUUGCCAUUGUAUUUAUUUUGUUCUUACCAUAAUGUUAUUGUAUCAAUUUAGAUCAGUGCCAACGUAUAUUCGCUAUAUGAAGCACACAUUUGAAUGCACAAUCAAAUGACUAUAUCAAGAGUUAUAUGUAUUAAUUUUAUUGCAUGCUGUUGUGUCGGUAUAUAUUUUAUUGUUAGUUUGUAUGUGUUUGUUCGCCAUCGAUGAGAGAGGCUUGAAAUGUACCAUUGACUGUGGAUUCGAACAAUGUUUAGGCCACGAACUUCGUAUACCUGAAGGUACUGGAUUGUUAUUUUUAAUACUUACACAAUAAGUAAUAGUAUUAAUCACUACAUAAUUGUAAACCAUAGUUGCACAGAUGAUGUCGGCAUAGUCAUAAUCGAUUAGUUAAAAUAUUUUAAGCAAAUUAUUUCAUGACUAACCAAAUCAUUUGUUUACAAUUUUACAGUCUGGCAAUUAGUAAAAUGUUUACACUAUGACACAUCUCAGCAAUACUGUCUGUGUGCUCACGUUAUUUAUUUCUUCCAAUAGAAAGUUAUUUUAGUUUCAUGACAAUUCUAAAUCAUUUAGGUUGUAUCUUAUUUAGUUCUAGUCGCUUUUUAGUAAUAAGCUAGAGUUAUAACAGUGACGAUGAUCGAUAUCUGUAUUGUAUAGUGUAUUAUUUUAAACAUAUUCCGUGACUUAAAUAAAUUUUAAUUGAUUUGGAUGGUAAUCACUUAUUUCUAAAUCUAUUUGGUGGUGUAACGAUGUGGGUCGACCACGUAGCAUAAGGUUCUGUCUAUGUAGACCGCAGCUGUUACGGUAAUUUGUCAUUAUAGCGUGUAAGCGAACCGACUCUGGUCACUACGCGAGGUCGGAGGCCGCCUAUAGUAUUAGUGUAGGUAAAUUAUAAUACAUUAGUGAUAAAUAUUUGUAUACACUUGUCAUUUCUCCUAAGCAAAUAACAUGGAAAAAUCUCACGCAGUUGAAAGGUAUUGCCUGUUUGGAAACAAAAGUGUGGAUGGUGUUUCAGCACCUAUUUCGCUCCUUAGUAUUAUCAUCUCCUGCAAUCUAGUCGCCGAGGAAGUCGAGUAUCGAAUAAUAUAGGUGUUAUCUCAAAAACAUUUUGCCAAGUGUGUACAAAUACAAUGACUGUAAAUAGUUAGUCUAAGUCGUUAAUGAGUAACAUUUUUACUUAGAACUUUAUGCUCGUGUGUGAUGAGCUAGUUUCUAAGCAUUGUGUGCCUCUGUGUAUAGACUAGCUAUAGACGAAUCGUUGAUUAAAAUCUAAUUUAGAAAUUUUAAUAAGUCCUUACUCGCGAAAUAUUAUCAGAACGAUGAAGCGAGUAGAGAUUUUGUUAUAAGAAAAAUAAUUCUAAUGUAACAUAGAUAGAUGAUACUAUCUAGUUUUCUAAGCGGCCUUUAUGCGAGAGUUUUAAUCAAUUUUGGAAGAAUACUUUUUUUUUAUAAAGGGCAUGUUUUAUAUUGGUAAGGUAUUAAAAAUAAGCAUUUAGAAAUGAAAAAAAUGUGAUGUGAUUGGACUGGAUUUUACCGGUAUAAAAUGUGUUCCACUCGCAUGCUGGGUCGUGUCGUUGGCGAGAGAGUGAUAUUAUAAGCCAAUGGCUAGGUUAUGAUAGCGAUAUUAUGUGAAUUGACGUGUUAAGACGUGACAUUGUAUCAUUGGUUACCAUAAGCACUCAUAGUAUUUGAAAUAAAUAUUUACAAUGAA